AUGAACUUGUGCUUGGAGCUCUUGGUUUGUAAUGCAGCAGCCACGUCUUCAAUGAAGGUUUUUGGCUCAUCCAACUUUGCCAGCUCCUCACUUAUGAGCUUCUGCAAGCUGUCAAUGUUCACCGGAGACUCCUUGGCGGAGGAGGUCUGCAACUCCACUGUCAUUUUACUAAAUGGAGUAAGUGGAUUUGACUGA